AUGGGAAAGAAGAAGGCGACACCGAAAUCGGCGAGAAAACCGGAGACGCCGACGAGCGAUGAUCGUUGGUCGCGAAUUGAGCGCGAUGAGGCGAUGAGCGCCGCGCAUGUUCACGCUGAACGCAAUGUGAGCACAACACCAAGCGUUGAGCAUGGCAACGUGAACAAACGCAACAAACGGCAACGGCUCAGCGAUGGAUUGAACGUCGAUCAUCGAUUGACGAUGAAUCCGCCGUCGAGGAAGUCGGAGAAACGCCGACCGCAAGAAUCGCCGAAGGCGACGAGCGCGAAAAAAUCGAAACGAAUUGACGAGACCAUCGUGCUGUCGGAUUCGCCGUACCGCAAAUCGAUUGCGCAACGAUUGUCGAUUGUGAAUCGCGUCGAUGAGAACGACGACGACACGAUGGCGGUGUUUGGUGGCGUCGGCAAGAAGGCGAAAAAGACAGAGAAGCGAGUGUCGUCGGUGAAGACGACGACGAAAGAGGCGUCGACAUAUAUUGUUGAGGAUCCAGAAGAUGAGACGAUCACUGUUGUCGAGAAUGGCAAGGAGAUGUCGUUUGAGAAGAAUGCCCUACUGGAUGAGAUGGUUGAUGAAGAAGACGAGGAGGAGUUUGAGCUGGAUGAGGACGAAGAGGAGGAGGAGGAGAGCGACGAUGACGAUAUUCUGAUGCAGACGCAUGUCCGUCAUCGUGGACUGCGAGUUGGCGCUGAAGACGACUCGGACGUUGAUGAUGAGGAACAGGAGGAUGAGGAUGAGCAGGAGCUCGAGGAGAAUGAGAUCGACGAGGAGGAGAUGCAAAUCGACGCCGACGACAUUGAGCAGAUUGUUGAAGACGAGGACGACAUGGAGAUUGACGAGGAUGAGGAAGAGGAGGAGGAGGAAGAAGAAGAAGAAGAAGAGACGGACAUUAGCGAGAUGGACGCCGAAUCGGAUAGCGAGGGAUUUUUGACGGGCGCCGAACGCGAGACGACAAUUAUGGAAAUGCCCGAGGCGACGACGACGACAACGAAGAAGAAGAAGAAGGCGUCGAGGCACAGCGUGUUGGCGGCCGCGCAAGAGCCGAUCGAUUUCGACAAGAUGCCGUUUUCGGUUGAGGACUCGCGUGUGACGGCGACGAAGGCGUUCGCGUUCAUGAUCGCUUCGUGCGACGUUCAGACGUUCUUCAAAAAAUUCUACCAGCACACGAUUCUCGCGAUCCACCGCGGCCGUCCCAACUAUUAUGGCAAUUUGUUUUCGACGGCGCGCCUUUGCGAGCUCGUCGAGAACAAUUACGUUGAGUAUGGCACGAAUGUGAACAUUGCCGAAUACAAGGACGGUGUUCGAUUGACGCUGAAUGGUGUGGGACGCGUCUAUCCGCACAUUUUGAAGCAGCAUUUGGAUAGCCUCCGAUCGGUGCAGCUCGUCAAUCCGCAAACGUUUGAUGACCGAAUUUGGUAUUUCUGCGAGAUUCUUCAAGAAUUGUUUGGGUGUUUUGUCGGCGCCAACACAUAUUUGACGCCGGCUGGUAGUUCGGGAUUUGCGCCGCAUUGGGACGAGAUCGACGCGUUCUUGCUUCAAGUCGAAGGUCGCAAAUAUUGGCGUGUUUGGGGACCGCAAAAUGUCGGCGAAGAAUUGCCGCUGGAAUCGAGCGGAAAUUUCACGGAAGCCGACAUGGCCAACCGGACGCCGGUGUUCGACGGGUGGCUCGAGACGGGCGACAUGCUCUACAUCCCGCGCGGUUUCAUUCAUCAGGCGCGCACCGACAAAUCGAUUCAUUCGCUUCACGUGACGAUCUCGACGGGACGCCGCUGGAGUUUUGCCGACGUGCUCGAGCGAUUGGUGCCGGACGCGGUGGCGAGUUUGACGAGAGAGCGCGUGAAAAUGCGUCGCGGGCUGCCGAUCGGCCUACUCGACAUGGCCGGCGCCGCCGAUCUCGAUUAUCCGCAAGCCGAGCAUUUCGACGAGCAAUUCAAAAUGGCCAUCGAUCGCCAUUUGAGUAUGCUGAGGAAUUUGGUGGCCGAUUCGGCGAUGGAGAGCUCCGUCGACAUCAUGGCGAAAGAGUUUAUGAGGCAGGCGUUGCCGCCGAUGCUCACUGAAGAAGAGAAGAAAUAUAGUGUGAUCGGACGUGGUUUGAAUUUGCUCGACGGCGAUUUGAUCGAAUUCAAUCCGAAAACUUUGGUGCGAUUGGUUCGACGUCAUACUCAAAGACUUUUGCUGCAAUCGGAGACCGAGUGCUUCAUCGCGCACCGAAUAAGCAACUCGCGAUUGUUCGAAGGCCGCGCCGAGCAGCUCGUCGACUUCCCGUUCGAUUACGCCGAGGUGUUCGAGGUGCUCGCCGACUCGUAUCCCGAAUGGCUCAGUCUGGGCGAACUAUUCGCCAUGGAGGCCACCGAGCAUCUUGAGCGCACCGCGCAACUCGUCGCCAUUCAGAAGCUCUUCGAGAUUGGCGUUCUUCUCGUCAAAAACUAG